AUGUUGAGUCUUCCCAGUAUAUUCGACAUCUUGUCGAAAGUCGACAACUAUCCAGCUGAGGACUUCAUUGAUCGGUUAAACUUUGGAGCCUCCGUAUAUUUACUGGCGUUCUUCGUAUUGAUAACUGGCUCCAAGCAACAUUUUGGUAAUCCGAUACAAUGUAUGGCACCUCCUGAGAGUCCAGGUACUUUUCAGUGUGUUCCGCUGAACUCUGUAGAAAGAAAACGUGUACCUCUUUUUGUAGACUCAUGGGUACAUUACUAUCAUGACUACUGUUAUAUCCAAGACAAGUUACGGAUAUUCAAUAUGAAUGUUGACAAAUCACUUGCGUUUGACAUUGAAGCCAAACAAAGUGGGUGCCGAGUCGAUUUGGAAACAGCCAUUGUUGAAGCGCAAAAACUUCGAACGCUUGUUGGCGACGAUCGCGCAGCAGCGCUUAACAAUCUUGCUAAUUUUAUCCGUGAUGUCUUGGAAGCAAAGCGACGGAGAUCGGUGUUUGGCUCAUCGAUGGCCUCUAUUUGCUAUAGCAUAACAAAAUGGCUUGAAGUUAUCAAUGGGUUCGGACAGCUCUACAUGCUUACAUACUUUGUCGGUGAAGGCGACUAUUUAUGGGGGAUUCAUGCGCUUGCUAAUUUGCACCAAGUGAAUAUGCAGUGUGUGCUGAUGCUCAACUUCAUAAAUGAAAAAAUCUACACCUUCCUAUGGUUUUGGAUCGUCUUUGUGACUUUUGCCUCUUUCUUAUCCGCUAUCAGACAGAUGGUAGCUCUUCUGUUUCCUGUGUAUCGCUCGCUCAUAGCUGACAACUUUUUGCCUACCCAAGACGUGUUAUUUUCCAAUGCCUUGGCCGAACAUGGAGUUCGUCCUACACCCGUCACCAGCCGAGCUCUUGUAGAUUACUUUAUCCACAAGAUUUUAAGAUGUGAUGGAGUGCUCUUGCUUUCGUUCAUCAAUGGAAAUGUGGGUGGUUUAGUUACCCAUGACAUUGCUCACCAACUGUGGAAGAUAACUGUGCAACCAAGUUUCAAUUUACGUGCCUCGCCUGGUUCGAGUCGUCGUCGUUUCGCCAACAUCUACCCUGGAGUUCCUCUUGCAGAAAGCCGUCAUACAAAAUAG